GUUUGUUGACUUCAUAGAAGUGAGCGAUGAUACAAGUGGAGAGAGACUAUCCAAUGAGCUACUGAAGCUGCUUCCAGAAAUGGGACUAGAUUUAAAUCUGAUGAGGAGCCAAUGUUAUGACGGCGCAGGUAAUAUGACUGGACAUUUGAAAGGAGUUGGUCCCAGAAUUCAAAGGAUAUACCCAAAGGCAUUACACUUUUGGUGUACAGCUCACCAGCUAAACAGAUGUAUAGUUGCUGCUGCUAACAUUCCAUGUGUCAGGAAUAUGAUGGGAACUGCAGAUAAGGUAGUCAAGUUCUUUAAUUGGUCUCCUAAAAGGCAAUCAUUCCUAGAGGAUCAGCUUCAAAAUUACAGAAAUGAAACAAAAAGAAUGAAAUUGAAGGAGUUAUGCAGAACAAGAUGGGUAGAAAGACAUGAUGCCUUUGAGAUUUUUUGGGAUUUCCUUCCAGCAAUAAUAGAAACCAUGGAAAAGAUCAAAUCAGUGGACAAAAGCCCGGUUGCAAUAAGUGACACACAAAGCCUAGAAAACAACAUUACAUCCUUUCAAUUUCUAGUCUCCCUGCUUGUGACAAUGAGAUGUAUUGGAUACCUAAAACAACUUAGUACAUCACUUCAAGGUAGAGCUGUUGAUGUUGUGAGUGCUCUUGAGUCAGUUAGCCUUGUCAAGGAAGCUUUACAGGAUGUUAGAGACAAUAUUGGUGAAUUUCAUGCUAAGUGGUAUUCAGAAAUAUUGAAGUUGGCAGAUGAGUUAGAUGUAACCCCAUCUAAACCAAGAACAUGUGGGAGGCAGACAAAGAGAUCAAAUGUGCCAUGUGAAUCAACAGAGGAUUAUUACAAGAAAACAAUUGCUAUCCCUCUGCUUGAUCACAUGUUAACAGAAAUGAACUCAAGGUUUGGUGACCUGCAAAUCAAGGCAUCCAUGGGACUUCAGGUAAUACCUGCCAUGAUUUCUCAAUCCUCAACUAAUGAUUUUGAGUACUUUGUGGAUGAUUUACCAUCUCCAUCAACACUGGAGCAAGAAAUGCAUAUGUGGAAGUUGAAAUGGGCAAAUGAGUCUGAUCCACCUUCAGAUAUAAACACAGCAUUACAAAACUGUAACUCUAUUAUAUUUCCAAAUGUGCACCAAAUUUUGAAAAUUUGUGGAAUAUUUCCAGUAACAUCCUGUGAGUGUGAGAGAAGUAUCAGUAGACUGAGACUUGUGAAGACAUACUUACGAUCAACAAUGUCAACAAGCAGGUUAUCUUCCUUAAUCAUGAUGUAUGCCCAUAGGAACAUUACUGUAAAUCCAAAGGAGGUGGUGAUGCAGUAUGCAAGGAGAAAUCCUAGGAGAAUAGUGCUACCAGACAUUCUUGUAGAUUAACUUUAUUAGACAUACUCUAUUGUACACAUGCUUAUAUGCCUCUUAUUUCAAUUAACAUAUAUACAUAUCUAUACAACUCUUUAAAUUUUUUUCAUGGUGCCCCCCCAGUCAUAGAGGUUCUGGAUCCGCCCCUGU